CGCAGGAGCCAUGGAUGACUUAGGGCUGAUUUGUUGGCUGCCCAUCUUGCUGGGCUGGGUGAUUCAUCGGACCUUCUGCUUGCCUUCAGCCACCCACAGAGGCAAGAGCAGCUCUCCACCCGCGUGGAUCUACCUGCCGCAGGGACUCAUGCCGACGAGAACUCUGCACAUACGACCUCACAUAAGCAACGCACGCACAGCGAGAUCGUUAAGCAGUCCCAUGAGUACCACCGACGUGCAGCAGCCGACCGAGCGGAGUGAGGAGAAGAGAAAGUUACCGAGCGUCGAGGACCUGAAGCGCCUGCCGCUGCCCACGCUUCAGCGCAUGUGCAAUCGGCUGAAGAUCCGACCAGUCGGUGAGUGACAGACACAUGCUUGAUUGCAGGGCACGCCCACUCAGUGACCCGAUUACAUUCUUGUCCCUUUGUUCUCCAUGCAGGUUCCCGCGAUGAGUUGAUCGCACGGCUAGUCAAGUAUGGCCUUGCUCGCAAGCAGACACCAGACACCGACCGGCAGCCACCAGACAGGGCAGAGGGUGACCCUGCCAGCUCAGCGCCGGCAGCCGAGUCGUCUCCAAGGCGGCAGAUCUCCAAUGCAGCCCAGAUUCUGGCUCUGCAUCGACUCAAGAGGAGGAGAAUUGGCGUCGAGCCGGGGGAGCAACAACGAGAAGAAGCACCCACAACCACCACAGACGAGUCGGCGGCCAUCGGUGAGGGCGGAUCGAUUGCUGAGGAGGCAGAAAAGAGUGAAGGAGACGAGCAGGACCUGCCGACGGACACGGACAUUGAAAAGUCGGUCUUCAAUCUUCCCAAGAGUGAGUACUCGAGGCGGAAAUGAGAAGUGCCUGUCCUGCCCCGAAUGUCCUGCCCCGAAUGUCUAUCGAUGGGUGACUGGGUGUGUGUCUUGUGUUCCAUGCCAUGCAGGGGCGGAGACGUUCAGCUCGGUGGAUGAGUUCUUCAAGACCAACGAAAUGAUGGACAAUGUACGUCACGUCACGUCACGUCAGGGAGGGCGGUGCAGUGAGUGGAGUGGAGUGGGUCGGUUUCCUGUCGAUCUCAUUCAUGUCUGUGCGCGAUUCUCUCAGGAGAUGUCGGGGAUUGACGAAUGGAUGGACUCUGUCGAGCAAUACGACCCCGAAACCAGCAACUUCAGGUGACCAAGAGACGGACAAACAGAUGGCAAGGACCACAAGCGAACCAUUCAUGCAUGGGUGUGUUGUCUGUCUGCUGGCUGUCAGGUCUGGCUACGUGAGCAUCAUCGGGACGCCGAAUGUGGGCAAGUCGACCUUGAUGAACGCCUAUCUGCAGGAGAAGCUGUCGAUCGUGAGCCCCAAGCCGCAGACCACCCGCCACCGCAUCAUGGGCAUGCUCACCUCAGAGGAACACGAGGGACAAAUCAUCUACUCAGACACGCCGGGUGGGUGGGUGACCCGGGCAGGGCAAUCAAUGCACAUGAGGGCAGGGCGGUCUGCAUAUGAGCGGCGCACAUGUGAUGUGCCUGUCCUGUGUGCAUGUUUGUCGUCAGGCUUACUGAAGCCGAUCUAUCGGAUGCACGAGGGGAUGAUGGGGUUCGCCCGCUCGGCCGUCAAGGACGCUGAUGUCGUGCUGCUCGUGACGGACAUCUUCCAGUCGCCAGACACAUUCCCAUCAGAGGUAGGAAGGAAGCCGACACAACGAUAAGCAAAGAAGUAUACCCCUCUCCCUCGUCCCAUGUUCGGUUAUCUAUCUGCGUGUGUGUGGCUUCUUCAGGACAUCUUUCAGCGGUUGCAGCACACACACAAGCCCAUAGUGGUGGCCAUCAACAAGAUCGACCUCCUGCCCAACACAACCACACACGCGUCUGCACCUCCCCCACCAUCACCACCACAAGACGCCUCUCUGCUGCCUGCCCCAUCCACCAGCGCGCCUGCAUCCCCAUCUGAGACGCUGGAGCUUCAGCGAUACAAGCUGGAGCGGCAGCAACAGCACCCGAUGGACCCAUGGCCGGCCGGCACGAGAGAGGCGGCCAAGAGCGUCCCGCCACUCGAACAUCAAAUCGGUAGGGGGACAGACACAGGCAGAUAGCUGGAUGCCUUGGUAACGAUUUCCUCUUCUGGAGGUGUGUUUCUAUCUAUUCGUUCAGCUGCCUGGCGGUCUGUGCUGCCCAACGCAACGAUCUUUGGCGUGUCGGCGCUUGAAAGGAAAGGGCUGGAGCCCCUUCUGAAGGUAGGUGAGCGCUCUUACCGUUCCACGCGCAAGCAUCACGAUUCCCCGUUGUCUCAUCUACCCAUGCAGGCGAUGAUUGGCACCUUGCCAAAGGGUCCUCCCCUGUACCCGCCCAACCAAGUGAGCGACCGCAGCGAGCGGUUCUUCGCUGCCGAGGUGAUUCGCGAGAAGAUCCUGCUGCAGUACCGCAAGGAGGUGCCCUACAGCUGCGAGGUGGUCGUCAGGUCAUUCAAGGAGACCGACCAGCAGAUCAACGUCGAGGCCGACAUAUGUGUCAUGGUACCAUGACAAGAGAUGGGGAUUAGCGAUGUCAGGAGAGUCAGUGUGCCUCUGUUGGGUGCAUGCGUGUGUUCAGCGUGCCUCCCAGAAGCCGAUCAUUCUGGGGCACAAGGGCAGUGCCAUCAAAGAGGUGCGUGAAGGACACUCUACAGCACCGGACACGUCUGAUCUCCAUAUUAUCGUGUCUCCAUGCGUGCAGUUGGGCAUUGCGGCUCGCAAGGAUCUGUCCGAGAUGUUUGGCAAGCGAGUCUUUCUGCGCCUGACGGUCAAGGAGGCCAAGAACUGGCGGGAAGACGAGGCGCGGCUAAGGGAGUAUGGUUACUUCAGCGAUUACGUGCCCACUGCCCUGUGACGCUAGGCGUGUCAGUCAGUAUAUUUGUCUCGCUGUGCGUACGUCACUCUAUCUCUCUUGUGGUAUGCCUGCCAUAUAUAUUGACUGACUGCAUCUUCCUUCAUCCGCCCGUCCGUCACGAUCCCCCGCCCUGUCCAGUCCACAUGCAAG